AUCGGUCUCACACACGCGCAGUCACGGCGUCUUCCCUCCCCUCGGUGGCGGGCGGGCGGAAAACCAGCCGCGAAACCGAGCCAAAAGUAACUCGAAACUUCUCCCGCGCGCCCGCCCGCGCCUUCUUAGCCACGUUUUUCCCUCCCUCCCUCGCUCUCUCUGAGAUCCGCCGUCCCGAUCCAAACCCAGCCCUCUCUCUCUGCGCGAAUCCUCGGAGCGGACAUCCCUAGGCAGGCAGGCAGGCAGGCGGCGCCAUGGACACGGAGCCCUUCGACGAGGCGGACCUCCUCGCCUUCCCCACCUCCCCGGCCGCCGCCGCAUCCCCUCCCCGCCGCCUCAAGCGCCUCAGGAAAUCCUCCGAGACAACCACCACCACCACGACCCCUCCCGCCGUCUCCCCGCCUCUAUCUCCGCCAUCGCCUCCACCGCCGCCGCAGGAGGAGGCGGGAGCCGUAUCCCCGCACCUAGAGUCUCCUCCUCCGCGCCAUAACCCCUCUCCGCCGCCGCAGCAGCCGGCGUCAGAUGCGGACGUCCUUGCCCCAGCGCCGUCCUCGCCUAGUCCCGACCCCAUCUCCUCCUCGCCGCUGCCGCCGGCCGACACUGCCGCUGAGGACGACGAGGAGGAGGAUGACGGGCUCGACCCGCUCUUCUCGGAGUCCGGCAGCGGCGGCGCGGGGUGGGACCCGCUGGGUAUGCCGAUGGGAGGGGAGGGCGACGACGGCGAGGAGGAGUUGCUGGGGGGCGGAGGGCUCAUCGAGGAGCUGCGGAGGGAGAAGUCCGCGAAGAAGCGACUCGACAUGGACGAGGCUGAGGACGGCGCCGAAAUGGCCGUGGAGGCGGAGGUGACGCGGAAGAGGAGCAAGAGGAGGAAGAAGGACGCGGCGCCCAAGGAGUCGGCCCAAUCGAAGAAACGGGCUGAGAAGGAGAGGAGGGCGCAGCUUGAUUCAAUCCAUGUUGAGUCGCAGAGGCUGCUGCGAGAGACAAGGAAGGCGUCAUUUAAGCCGACUGCAGAGCCAGUUUACAAACCCAUCUCCUCAGUCCUGGAGAAGAUUCGCCUUCGGAAGCUGGAGAUUCUGAAAAAGUCAAGCACUCCUAUUGAGGAGGAGGAUGACGAUGACGACGAUGACUCUUCAGAAUCUGUGAGUGAAGCCGCUGGACAUCCAUGCAUGCCGGGGGUUAAGGAAGUGGGCUCAGAUGACAAGGAUCUGAAGAAUGAUGAUGCUAAUGAUGAAGUUGGAGCAAAUGGCAGUGACCUGAACGACCAUGACAGUCUCCCUGAAGAUGAGGAUGCUUUACCUAGCAAGAAGGAUGGUAGCCAAGCUCCAGACAAGGAUCUUGGUAUUUCUCAAGAUAACCAUGAAGACAGUGCACAACCAAGUGAUGACCCUAUCAAUGCAGUAGAGGAAGCUCAAUCGCACGCCUCUUCAAGCCCAACAAAGAGUACAUAUGAUAGUUUGUCAGAAGAUGAGGAAUACAAUGAUAAGGAGAACAUUGCUCCAGGCACUCAGCAAAAUGAUGUAAAUACCCAUGAAGAACUCCGAGAAACUCAUGCAGAUGAUUCAUGUCCAGAUGUUGCUGUGCUGAAAAACUUUCUAGACGUUGAAGCUGAGGAAGAGGAUGACAGUGACGAUGACAUGAUGAGGUUCAAGGACAAUGAAGAAGAUGAUGGAGAUGAUGAAAACGAAGUACUUAAUGCUCUGAUAGCUGCUGGAUUUGAAGAAGAAGAAGUAGAUCAUGAUAAACGGAAUGAACUCCACCAAAAGUGGCUUCAGCAACAAGAUGCUGCUGAAACAAAUAAUGUCAUUCAAAGAUUAAAAUUUGGUCACCAGGAACAGAAAGAGUUAAUGGAUGAAGAUGAAGAUGAUAUUGAAGACUGUGAGGACGAAUCAGAAACUGAAAUGCCAUAUGAGUUAACUCCAACAAAUGUUGUACGGCAGAAUUCUGAAAAGGCAAAACAAAUGAUUGCAAAAAUGUUCACAGACGAGAAUGACACUUAUGAGCACUCUGAUGAUGAGGAAAUAGAGGAGCAUCUGGCCCGCCAACGUAUUUCAAAGCGAGAUGUGCAUAAUGAUUCAUUCAUAUCUCCAUUGGAAGAUGACAGUUCAAGGGAAGUGUUCAGUCUGAUAAAGAAACUCAAUAUUGCUCCUCAACCCAAGAGGAGGGGAAAGCAAGCCACAUCAAAUCUUGAAAUGCUUAUGGUCGGAAGUAACAGCAGCUCAUCUUCAAAGUCAUCUUUUCUUGGCCGAACAACAAGUGGUCCAGUGUCAUCUUCCCACAGAUCUGUUUACAAAACAUACGUUUUUGGCCGUGAUGACAGCAAUAGCAGCAGCAAGAGCUGCUUGGCAACCACUGAGAGUAAUUCAGAUGUGGAUCAGACUAAUCCCAGCCAACCCAAGAAAGCAAAAUUCAGUACACAAGCAAAAGCAGCCGCAACAAGUACAAACUCCAAGGGUGAUGCAAAUUCAGGUGCUUCUCUUUUUGAGAUCCUGCGCAGAUCAGCCGGCACUUCCAACAAGCAAGAGCCAAGCCGCCAGGAAAGCUUCGGCAUUAUCACGGAAAGUCAAGCUGUGCACCAGUUCUCAGCAUUCAAAUUGUCAAGAAAGUUUUCCAAGAUAGGAGCAAUAAAUUGAGAUAGCAGCCCUUGUCCAACUAACCAAUCAUGUACACCUGUAAUCACAAAUGAAAUACCUUUCUGCUGUAUUUUCCGUGUUGGGUGUUUCCUCUUGGUACUUUGGAAAGUUGUAUAUUGAAUUCUGUUUCACCUUAUGUUCAAGAUAAAUUUCUGUCAGUCUUUUCAGUGCAUCAA